AUGGCGUUAAAACGGUUCCUUCACUUGGAGCGCAAACUUGAAAGGCAACCGGAACUGAAGGAACAGUAUUCGCAGUUUAUAGCAGAGUACGAGCAGUUAGGCCACAUGCGAGAGAUACAGGAAGAGCCAAACGAGAACGUGGGAUCGGUAUAUUAUUUACCACAUCAUAGCGUGCUGAGGCCUACCAGUACGACGACUAAGCUAAGAGUCGUAUUCGAUGGAUCUGCCAAGACGACCACAGGUGUCUCGAUCAAUGAUGUACUUAUGACGGGACUGACAAUCCAAAACGAUCUGGCUGCAAUUCUUCUUCGUUUUCGAGGAUUUCGAUACGUCUUUACGUUAGACAUUCCGAAAAUGUUCCGCCAGGUUGGAAUACAUCCGCAAGACGCCAGCUAUCAACGUAUAUUCUGGCGAUACAACCGAAACGAUCCUCUGACCGUACGAGAGCUAUUGACGGUUACAUACGGCUUGGGGCCGUCGCCGUUUCAAGCAACCAUGGCGCUGAGGCAAACUGCUGUUGACCACAAGGAUGAGUUUCCAGAAGCAGCUAAGAUAUUUGAAAGGGGUACAUACAUGGAUGACAUCCUGACGGGCGCCGAUACUUUACCCAAGGCGUGUCAACUUCAACGUGAUGUGACGGAGUUACUGGCGAAGGGCUGUUUUGGUGCUCAUAAGUGGUGUGCUAAUCAUUCGGACAUUGUUCAAAACAUUCCUGAAGAGCUACGAGGUAACUCUGUUGAAGUAACGGACGACAAUUCCAAAACGAUGGUAAAGACUCUGGGCGUGGCAUGGAAUCCAAUUCAGGAUUGGUUUUCCGUGUCAGUUCCAGACUACGAUGAUGUGGAUGGAUUAACUCGUAGAAGGCUCCUGAGUCAACUAGCAAAAAUUUUCGAUCCUCUGGGCUUCUUUGGUCCGGUGAUAACAACAGCGAAGCUUAUUCUGCGAGAGGUUGGCGAAUUGCAAAUUGAUUGGGAUGAUCUAGUCCCUUCCGACGUUGGUUCCAAAUGGCGGUGUUUUCGAAUCGAGAUGAAGAUGCUGCAGCAGGUACAGCUGCCGAGGUGGAUAUCCUGGGAUAAUAGUCUCAAACUUGAACUGCACGGAUUUGCGGAUGCUUCGGAUUCGGCGUACGGAGCAUGCCUGUAUACGCGUGCCAUUUUUCCUGAUGGCUCAAUCCAAAUGCGGCUUGUAUACAGUAAAUCUCGCAUUCUACCGAAGAAAAAGUUUAGAAAUAAAGCCAUCACAACCCCACGGGCUGAACUGCUGGCGGCAUUGCUGCUAUCUAAAAUGGUUGUAAAGUUGUUGAAUGCCAUGGAAUUGGAAUUCGAGUCGAAGUUUCUUUGGAGCGAUUCGAAAAUUGCACUAGCGUGGAUAAAGAAAGCUCCUAACACGUUACACACUUACGUGUCGAAUAGGGUCGCCGAAAUACAAAAACUGACACAAUGUUGCAGCUGGAAAUAUAUUCCCACCAACGAAAACCCCGCCGAUCUAAUAUCUCGCGGCGAGCAUCCGAAGAAAUUGAUUGAAUCGAAUAUAUGGUGGAAUGGACCAUCAAUGCUCAACUGCCUUUCUGUAGCUGAAAAGGCCGAAGAAGCCGAGAUGCUAGACGAAGAGUUGCCGGAAUUGCGUUCUGGUGUAGUGCUAACUGCGACCGCUCCUGUUGAACGACUGUCUAUUUUUGACAAGGUCAGCAGUUUUUUGAAGAUCGUUCGUAGCAUGGCCUACUUAACACGUUUCCUGAAUUACAUUAUGUCCAAGAAGAAGAAUGUUAUCAAAGGCUCACUCACUGCUGACGAAAUUAGUAAAUCGAUACUUUUGAUAGUGCGGUUGAUUCAACAGGAAACUUUCAAACCAGAAAUCCUUGCAUUGAUGAGUGGCGAGAAUACCAAACAUCGUCUCAACGGAUUGAAGGCUUUCAUAGACCCCGAAGACGGCAUUUUACGUGUAGGUGGAAGACUCAAACGAGCCUUUAUACCAUAUGAUAGUCGUCAUCAAAUGCUACUGCCUUCUAAACAUCCAGUCACCGAAGCACUCAUACAAUAUUUGCACUUGGAAAACUCGCACAUCGGGCAGAAGGGUCUGCUCGCGAUUGUGCGGCAACGAUCAAACCCUUUGAAGACAACGCAAAUGAUGGGUGACCUGCCAUCAUAUCGCAUCCGUCCUGCUCCUGUCUUCACGAACACCGGUGUGGACUACGCCGGACCAUUUUUUAUUAAAUCUUCUUCAGCUGCUCGCAAGCCCCAAAUAACAAAGGCAUAUGUAAGCUUAUUUGUGUGUAUGCAGACCCGUGCUAUACACCUAGAAUUAGUUUCUGAUCUGACGACCGAUGCGUUCCUAGCGGCUCUAAGGCGCUUCACAAGUCGACGAGGAUUACCGAAAACGAUGCAUUCCGACAACGCAACCAACUUUUUGGUGCAUGUUCUGAGUUGCAUGAAUUGUGGCAGUUAUUUCAAAACCAGAGCGCUACCGGAAAAAUUUUGA